UUAAAUAGGAUAAAAAAUUACAAAUAAAAUAAUAAGUACUCAUAUUUAAUUACAACAAUUACCGUCAAUACCUAAACGUUUAUACUUGAAUCCAACAAAUAAUAUCAAUGGGUUUAUACUGUUUUUCUUAGAAGUUGUAAAUCGAUAUUGUCGAUCAUGUUUGUACGAUGAGAACCAUCAACGUGACAAGUUGAUAACCAUACUUUAAAAUAUUGUAAAAUUUCAUUCGUUCCUAAACCUCGAGAAUUAAAGCCGGGGACAUAAAUUUAUAUCAGAAAAAAAAAAGGUAACAACAAAAAUUGCAGCUCCCGCGCCCAAAACGCGGAGAUGGAUAGAUAGAGAUUAGAGAAAGAAGGUUUGUUUUGGAGGCCUAAGCAAGCAAAGUGCAGUCUUCAAAGUCCAAAAUUGAUUUUUUUCUUUUUCUUCUUAUUAUUGUUGGUCGUCGUCUUCCCCUCUUUCUCUCUCUCUCUCUCGAGCAUUUCAAAUUAGAUUUGAAGAUUCCAUUUUGAUCUUCUUCUUCUUUAUAGACAGGAAAGCAGGAGGAAAUCAACAAUUCGUCAUCAUCGUCGUCGUCGGGAGGGUUUUUGUAGUGUUGUGGGGGCGGCUGUGGGUAGCGACCAAAAUCCCAAGAUUUGCCUGCGCCAACUUGUGAAUGUGAUUUGCUUGCACACCAUCUCAAUAUAAAAUCCCUCCAACAACAAAUUCCCCUUCCCAUCUUAUCUGCACCAGCAAUUACAGCAGCUUUUUCUUUCAUCCCUCCGUUCUGGCUAACGCCUCAUUCUUCUUCUUCUUCUUCUUCUUUCCACUGCUUACAUAAUUGAUAUAUCCGGCCGCCACUCAGAUUCCUCCGUCCGCUGCAGAAUCUGUUUUCCGCAAUUAAUACCAUCGUCGUCGUCCUCCUCCUCCUCCUCCGGUGAAUCAAUUAGGAAAUCGAGGGGGACGCCGUCGAAUCGAGGAGAAACUCAAUUCCCGGCGAGGCCGGCGCCGCCGAUAUACUUUAUUUCUGCGCUCGGCCCGUUGCUCCGGCUAGCUCCAUUAUUUCCUCGCUAGUUCCAUCGCCCGGGUACGUAAUUCAUUUCAUUUCCGCUUCUUCUUCGUUUUUCUGUUUGGGUAGUAGAAAGCGAUAUUUGUCCCUUUUCUCCGUUUGUUUCGGUUUCCCCAGCUGCUUGUUGUUUUGCUUGUCCAUACAUUCUGUUUUUGUUUCCUUUUGCCUAUUUAAUUAAUAAAAUAUAUGUAAAAGUACAAUAAAAUAAUAUAUAAUAAUAUAAUAAGACACCGAUGAUGACGGAGUUGAAUUAAACCAGACGAACCAUCCAACCCACUCGAUUCGACAUCCAGACAAAUACACAGAUGGUUCGAGAAUUACAAAGACAUGAAAAGUUGAAGGAAUUUUUUCUUACUUGAAUGGUCACGCAAUCACUUGCUACCACAAAAUUAUACCAAAAACAACGACUUGUACAUUAAUCACUAUGCAUGGCGUGCAUACAAGUUGGAAGACAGCAGCAUUUCAAUUCAAGCCUUAAUUAUAGACAGAAAAGAGUAGUUGAAGAAGAAGGGAGGAUGUGGGGUUUGGGGGACCAAAUGGUGAUUAUGGAUCAUCGUUGAGGUGAAAUGGUUUAUGUGGCAAUCGCUUUUAAUUACUGGACCGUUUGAUUGCUUGUUUAAGUAGGUACAUAGUUGGUUGGUUGGUUGGUUGAUUCAUUGCUUAAUUUGUGGUGGUCUACUCAUUAAUGGUGGUGUGACUCCCUCGAUGUCCUUCUACUUGUGUUCCCAUUUUCUGCUAUAUAUAUAUAUAUAUCUUUGAUUUUGAACAUCCUUCUGCUGCAGCCCAAUUCUUAGGAGAUUGAUUUGCAUUGUAUAGACAGAGAUGGCGGUAUUGGAUCUGUUCAUCGCGUCGUCCAUUCCGGUCAUCAAGGUUCUCGUCAUCACUGCACUAGGCACCUUCCUCGCCCUCGAGAAAGUUGAUGUCCUGGGCGCCGAAGCAAGAAAACACGUCAACAAUGUGGUGUUCUAUGUGUUCAACCCGGCGCUCAUGGUGGCGAGCCUGUCCCAGACCAUAACGUUUCAACAAAUGGUGAAGCUCUGGUUCAUGCCGGUCAAUGUGCUCAUCACCUUCGUGGUGGGUUCGGUUCUGGGUUGGAUGGUGAUACAGCUUGCCCGACCGCCUAAACAGCUGAAGGGGCUCAUCGUUGGCUGCACCGCGGCGGGGAACUUGGGCAACAUGUUUAUGGUCAUGAUACCCGCCAUUUGUAAGGAGAAAGCCAGCCCCUUUGGCUCCCCUGAAGUCUGCCAGUCCUACGGUUUGGCCUACUCCUCUGUAUCCAUGGCUUUGGGAGCAGUGUAUCUUUGGACUUAUGUGUACAGUAUUAUGAGGGCGUCGAACCCAGUACAAGUAACAGGAGGAGGAGGGGGUGAUCAUGACACAGAGAAGCUUACAGUCAGUAUCACCACUACAACUACAACUGGAACUGUUGGAAGCUCGCUCGAGCACCCGCUUCUUCUACAUUCAUCUACCUCGAACCUUGAUAAGAUGGAUGCAGCAGGUGGUGAGAGUAGCAGCAGCUUCCCUCAGAGGGUCAAGCAAGUGCUGGCCAGAACGCUAGGAAGUGUCAACUGGAAGACCAUCUUUGCACCUUCCACGAUUGGUGUGAUUAUCGGAUUUGCGAUUGGUUUGACCACACCAAUAAAGAACCUGCUGGUGGGAGACCAAGCACCUCUUCGUGUUAUUCAAGACUCCGGUGUCCUAUUAGGACAGGCAGCCAUCCCAACUCUGACUCUGCUUGUAGGAGCUAAUCUACUCAGAGGUUUGAAAGGGUCGAGCGUGAAGACGACGGUGAUCAUAGGGAUCGUACUGGCUAGAUACGUUGCGCUUCCUCUGGUCGGUAUCGUGGUGGUGAAAGGGGCGCUGCGUCUGGGUUUCAUCCCGGCAGACGAUCCACUCUAUCAGUUCAUUCUCCUGCUUCAGUUCACCGUCCCGCCUGCUAUGAACAUCGGCAUCAUCACCCAGUUGUUUGGAGAAGGGGAGUCGGAGUGUUCGGUCAUCAUGCUCUGGACUUAUGCCUUGGCUUCUGUCUCCCUCACUCUUUGGUCCACCUGCUUCAUGUGGCUCGUCAGCUCUUCUUGAUCGCGAUGACAACGACGAUGAUGAUAAUAGUAAUGUAGCCAAAAAAACAAUAUUAUACCGUAUCAUACCCUAUAUUUUUUUACGCCAUCCCCUUCACUGAGUAGGACCAGAGGAAGAAACCAGAGAAAAACGAAAGCAAGAUGAGGGGAUAGAUACAUAUUAGACUUCCAUUACUUCAAUUUUUCAAUCAUUAUUAUGUUGUAUGUGUAGAGUAGAUAUAUAUAGACCUUUAUAAAUUCAUACAUUAGUGAACUAUAUAGUACAAGCAUUGUCCCAAUUAAAUUAUUAAUACGUCUAUCAUCUCUUUUUUGCCUUCUAGACACUCACCCUAAUCACCAUUUCAAGUAUGCAGAAUCUGAAUGCUAAGAUAAACAACCAUAACAAGAGCUUCAUUUCCUUUUAGACCCACAAAGGCAAGACAUCGAAUUAAAACGCAACUCAUCUUGACUGGAGCUGCUGCAUUUAUCAUCCAUCAUUAGCAUCAUCUAAAUACAUUAAAAACAAGUUU